CUCUUCAGUAAUGGUUCUCUUAACUUUCUCUAACAAUUACAACCUGCCCUUGCCAAAACCAACACUGCUGAAGAGCCAGAAUGCCCCAGUUUUUCUUCCCACUUAUGCAAACAAGAAGCCCUUGUGCAGGGAUCCCUCACCGGCUCCUUCCCGGCAAGGAGCCGAGCCCUGAGCUGCCCCUUCCCACACAGACCCUGUAACGUCGGCACUGACAUUACAGCCCCACCUCUGGCCACGGCCCCAGCUCCACGGGGGCCACCACGAUUCCUUGCACACCAGCGGUGGCCCCUCGCAGCAUCGCUCACUGCUGACGGCCUCCGUAGCUCUGCAAGUGCUCUGCCUCUUAUUUCGGCCGAGGGAGGAAGCAUGCUUGGGCCUCACACGUAAGAAGAAAAAUAACGCUCAGAAAAAAAGAAGUAAGAAGUCAUCAACAACAAGCUGUUUUUUUCACUUUUGAUUUGGCCAUGUAAAGCACAUUAUCUGCUAGUGCUACAGUACCAAAAAAAUCCGGCAACAAAGAGCCCACUGAUUCCUUAAUUACAGAUAACGGGGUGCUUGCGACUGCAGCAGGAAGCGGAGACAAGACAUCAAAGUGAGUGUUACAGGAAUAGCCCAUCUCAAGAGCACUCCAUAGCCUUCAAGAGAUCCAGUUUUAUAGCCUUUCACUGAAAAUAAAUUAUAGUUCUAGCAAAUACAUAAAGGCCCUUCAAUCUGGCAGAAUCAAGACUAGGAUGUUAGUAAGGUUGUGUAGGUUAAUUCACUCCAGGGACGACAGAACCAACACUGUCCCACAAGAUAUUUACUGCAAUCUGCUUUUAAGCAUGAAUUGCACGAUACAAAACUAACAAUUCUUGGAUACCCCAUUUGUCUACAUGUUAUUCUGUGAGCUGGCCACAUCCUGGUAUGAGCACAACUAGCCUGAAAUGCUAGGAAGCAUUCAGCCAAGGCAUUUCUGAGCAAAGAAAUCCUUCUGCAUGGGAGCAUCAACUAGGGACACUGAUUGUCAGAACACUGAAAUAAAUAAAUAGAAAUGUUACCUAAGAACUUCAUAGUUAUUUACCCAGUUUGGUCCUUAAGGGUCACUGAAAACAUGGACACAUUAGUAAACAGAUGCUCUUUACAUUCCUUUCUGAACAUCUGAGAAUAGUUUUUGUUUGUUUACCUCAAGAAAAACUCAGCCCUCCAGCCCUCAGUUAUUUCCAAAUUAAAGAAACCAAGAACUGUUCACUUCAUACAGUCACAAACCCUAGUAAAAAGGAACUGAUCAAUACGGCUUUGCAAGGUGCACUAUAAAAAGUCUAUUCACUUGGAAGGGUUUCCUGCUCAGGGACGUUAGUUUUGGAAGUGGCAGCGGAAACCGCGCGAGAGGAAGCUCUCCACCAGGACAAGCAAGGCAAACAUCCCGCACCUUACACAGGUCUGCAGGCACUGCUCAAAGAGCUGCCUAAAAAUUUCCAUGGAUAUUCCCUGGGUAAAACGUCACCCGAUUAUAGCAAACAUCAAGACUGCCAAGUGUUACACAGGCUGUCCUGUACUCAGGCGUGGUGCAAGAAGGGCACACACGUGGCUAUGCCUGCUUCCUGCUCAAAAGGUGCUCGGUGCUUCUCCAGCAAAAGUGCUGGUCUCACAGAGAUCAGCUCUUACUGGAACAUGCACGGCUCCGAAUGGUUAAAACUGCUCUUCAUCCUUCUGGUUAAUUAUAAUGAUUAAUCAGAAGUUUCAAAGAAAGGGAAGAAAAAAGUUUUUAAAAGCCCCAGUCUGGCUGUCAGAGGUACUGCUUCAGUUCUUCAGAAUGCUGUUGUUAUCCAUGCUGGGGGACUGCACGAUUGUCCCUAGCCCUGUGCUGUUCCCAUCACCACCAAGUCUUUGAAGUCAGACACAUGGAAGCUGAAAAAUCAAGUUUGAAAAAGCUGAAAUCAACACAAAGCACAAAGCCCCAGAGGCUGAUGACAAUGAAGCAAUCAACACACAAAACAACAGGAAUCCUCCGAUCAGCUCUGAAGAAGGUGCUGUCAUGAGCCUUUCUCAAGAAUAGCAGAAGCUGGAAGUCAGAACUUCCCAAAGAGUGAAGGUUUAAGAAAAAGCCAGAUGCAAAGCCCACAACGGAAUGGAGGGGCUGAAUGAAAACUAAGGAAAUGAAGUUAAGGGAUGGCACAUCCUGCCCUUCCAAGCCCCAAGCAAACAAACAAAAAACCCACCACAAUUCUCGAACACAGCCAUUGCAAAGACAAAAACUGGUCUGUUGUGGAAUGAAAGCAUUUAAGAAACUUAACAACAAAUCUUUUGUAAACUCAAGAUAACCAAAAGAAUUGCUAAGACUAGACUUCAAUCUGUUAAGUAAAAAAGGAAACCUUCAGCAGCAGAAAUAUUUUAAGAGUUCUACUUCACUAAAUUAAGUUACUCAAGACAUUUUUCCAAUAGUUUUAAGCUUUCAGGAAGGAGCUUUUUUCUGAACAUCAUUAUGAAAAAUUCCUUCAUAUUACCCUGGGGAGGAGAAAGCUGGCAGACCGAAGACUGAAGAGGAGGAUACCCCCCAAAAUUUACCCUGUGUGAUUACAUUCAUUUCCUUUUUCAUAUGCCACAGGUAAUUCCCCACACCCAAAUCAAAUAUGUCUACCAAAUUAUUUACUGCACAGCUGAGCAUCUGGUUAACACAGCAUUAGAUAUAAAAGAUGUAGGUACAUUUCAGAAAAAAGAAAAACUUUUAAGCUGCUUCCACCCUAUCAGCAAAACUAAACACAAAGACUGUUUUAUGAAGAUGGUAGAGCACGACCACCAUCUCUCAGACUUGCCACCACAUUUUACCUCGGAUGAGGUCACCCGGGGCUCUGCAGGACUGGAAGCACCUUUCCAACCAUGGGCGCUGUCUGUGACAUCACACAGUGCCCAGUGCCGGGCCGGCCGGCCGCUCACCCGCGGUUCCAGCAGCUCGGGCAGCCACCAUGGUGCGUGGCCACACCACCUGCCACCACGCAUGAUGCACACCAGCACCAGCUCACACAGCUCCCCAAAGCUCUCCCACCAUGGACGAUGCUGCGGUGCUUGAAAGGAAAGGUUACAGCCUGAGUGUCACGCUGGGAGAAGGCUCGUACGGCAAGGUGAAGUCAGCCUACUGCAACAAGUUGAAAUGCAACGUGGCCAUAAAGAUAAUCGACAAGAGGAAAACUCCCCAGGACUUCCUGGAGAGAUUUCUUCCCAGGGAAAUAGCUGCUUUGAAACGCUUGCACCACCCAUCGAUCAUCAAAACCUAUGAGAUCUUUGAAACAUCAAGUGGGAAAGUGUACAUCAUCAUGGAGCUGGGGGUAAAGGGAGACCUCCUGGACUACAUCAAGAUCACAGGAGCCAUGAAGGAGGACUUUGCUCGUUUAAAGUUCCAGCAGCUGGCUUCUGCCAUCAAGCACUGCCAUGACUCAGACCUUGCUCACAGGGACCUGAAAUGUGAGAACAUCCUUCUUGACAAAGACCUAAAUGUCAAGUUGUCAGACUUCGGCUUUUCCAAAUCCUUGUCUCGGGAUGAAAAUGGGAGAACUAUUCUCAGUAAAACCUUCUGUGGGUCUGCUGCAUAUGCAGCCCCUGAAGUGCUGCAGGGCAUUCCUUGCGACCCCAAGAUUUCUGACAUAUGGAGCCUGGGUGUCAUCCUGUAUACAAUGGUUUACGCAUUAAUGCCCUUUGAUGAUUCUAAUGUUAGAAAAAUGAUCUGUAUUCAGAAACAACACAGGAUUCCCUUCCCCAAGUCAAAAUACCUGACUACAGAGUGCAAGGACCUUAUUUACCACUUGCUCCAGCCCGAUGUAUCUCAGAGGCUGUGUAUAGAUGAAGUUUUGAGACACUCGUGGUUGCAGACUUCAAAAUCCCAAAUCCCUACCUCUCCAUCAGCUGCGGAAAUUGGUGAGUGUUCCCAAAACCUGCACGACGAAAAGCCUGAGCACAACCAGGAAGCCAAAACCCACUCUGCAGAACAGGAAGGAGAGAAGGAAAAUGGAUCCUCUUAAAAAUCGGUCCAACUUAUGAACUGCUGGUUUUCGACUUGAGCUUCUCUGAACCCUUUAAGAAACAGUCCUCGUCUUUUGCUUUACAAAGUAUAGAAACAUAAAAUACCGUGCAUCUGCUAAGCUGAAUGAACACUGCUGUUCUAAAAGACCCGUCUCUGAUACGGUUUGCAGGGACCAGAAGUUACGGUCAAAAGUACAUCAGAAAACUUUCAGGUCACAGUGCUGCUGACUGACACAUUUCUCACACGUUUCUCAAGUUUCUGAUUAUACCAGCUGCAGAAUUCAGUCCACUGUACACUCAGGAGCAUCAGUUUGAACUCCACUUACAUUAAACAGAAGCCCUCUAAAA